AUGCCUCGAAUUCCUACCGCCAAGCUGGCCUCCAAGGGCGGCGCCGCCCAGCGUCACAAUCCGCUUCCGCAGCAGCUGCAACAGGAUCAGCUCACAUCCAAAUUCGGUCUCGUCUCUGCACCUGGUCGUCGAUCCAAGAAGGCAACCAAGCCCCAGUCUGCAUCCGACGAUGAGGAGGACCAAAAGCAGUACGCUGCUCCCCAGGGCAUGGUCACUGGCGGUAAAUCAGGAGGAGGAAACACACAGAAGAAGUACAUCGAUCCAAAGCUCUCCAGGAACAUUCUACGAUUGGCGCGUCAGCAGCAAGAGGAGAUCGAACGCGAGGAGAUGGAGCUGCAGAAUCCUUCGUCUUCGGCUGAAGCGUCCACCUCGGCAUCUCACGGUAUGACCGCACGUGCUUCGGCAGCAGCUAUGCCUGACGAUUCGGAUGACGAAGAGGCGGAUCUUGACGAUUUGGGGGAGUUGGACGACGAUGAGGCCGAGAUGGGUGCCAAUGGCUGGAACUCGUACGAUGCGAACCUUGAGAUCGACCCAUCAGAUCGCGCGCUUCUCGACAAGUUCGAGGCAGAACACCGCGCUGAGGAUGAUGACGACGACGAUGAGGAUGGACAGGACGCUGCCAUGGGCGCCGGCGGUUUCGGCGGCAGAGGCAACAAGACCCUCGCAGAUCUCAUCAUGGAAAAGAUCGAAGCGGCUGAAGCAUCCGGCGACGGUCCUUCGGCGCAAGAACUCGAAGAGCGAAGGAUGCCCCCAGGUAUCAACCCAAAAGUCAUCGAAGUAUACCGCAAAGUAGGAGAGCUUCUCUCUCGCUACAAAUCCGGUCCCCUCCCCAAAGCAUUCAAGAUCGUACCAUCCCUACCCGCAUGGGAGUCGAUUCUCUACAUCACCGACCCAGCCUCCUGGACACCUCACGCCACCCUCGCAGCAGUACGAAUCUUCGUCUCGACAAUGAAAGCCGACCAGAUGCAACGCUUUUACGAACUCGUCCUGCUCGACAAGGUACGAGACGAGAUCCAAGACGACGGCAAGGUCUCCUACCAGACGUACGAAGCCAUGAAGAAGGCUAUCUACAAGCCGGCUGCUUUCUUCAAAGGGUUCCUCUUCCCCAUGUGCGAGUCGGGAACGUUGACGCUCAAGGAAGCCGCCAUCGUCUCUUCCGUCCUCGCUAAAGUUUCCAUUCCCGUUCUGCACUCUGCUGCCGCCCUCUUGCGUCUUGCUGAGAUGGAAUACUCCGGUCCCACAUCGCUCUUCAUCCGAGUCUUGCUCGACAAAAAGUACGCCCUUCCUUACAAGGUCGUCGACUCUCUCGUCUUCCACUACCUUCGAUUCGCGGAAUCCAACUCUGGCGUUGAGUUGGACAAGAUCACGAGGGAGAGGAGGAUGCCCGUUCUGUGGCAUCAGAGUAUGUUGGUGUUUGCUCAGAGGUACAAGCAGGAUUUGACACCGGAUCAGAAAUCUGCCUUGUUGGAUCUGUUGCGAGUACAGAAGCACGAGGGAAUCUCACCAGAGGUCAGGAGAGAGCUGCUGACCGCCACGGCGAGGGGAGAGAUGAUGGAUGAACCUGUUGAUGAGGACGACGAUAUGAUGUCGGUUUGA